AUCUCUCACUCUUUAUUAAUUUCCUCUAUCUUCUUCUUAUUUGCUUGUUAAUAAGAAUUAUAUUAUUCUCCUAAUGGCAAGAAUAAUGUCAUCAGAGCCUUUAACUGUAGGGAGAGUGGUAGGAGAUGUUCUUGAUCCAUUCAAUGCAAGCAUAAGGAUGAGUGUUAGUUAUGGGAACAGGCAAGUGUACAAUGGCCAUGAGUUCUUCCCCUCCACAGUCACCUUCAAGCCCAAGGUUGAGAUUGGUGGAACUGAAUUGAGGCCUUUCUUUACACUGGUCAUGACUGAUCCGGAUGUUCCUGGCCCUAGUGAUCCUUAUCUCAGAGAGCACUUGCAUUGGAUAGUGACAGACAUUCCAGGCACAACAGAUGCCACAUUUGGGAAAGAGUUGGUGAGCUACGAGAUGCCAAAGCCUAACAUUGGGAUCCAUAGGUAUGUUUUUGUGCUCUUCAAGCAAAAACGAAGGCAGUGUGUUACCACCAUUCCUUCUUGCAGGGAUCACUUCAACACCCGCACUUUCGCCGCCGAUAACGACCUCGGCCUCCCCGUCGCUGCCGUCUACUUCAAUGCUCAGAGGGAAACCGCUGCCAGGAGGCGUUAAUCAAUUAAUUAAGAAGUAGCUAGAGAUCCAAGUGUGGCUGAAUGAAAAAUAAUUUACUUGUGUUGCAGAAAAAAGGGAAUCAUUUCUUUUUUGACUAUCAUGUAUGUAUGUAUGUAUGUAUGUAGAAGGGUUACUUUUUCAU